UUUCAUCCUUCUUAUGAGCUGAAUCUACUUAGCUCGGUUCGGACCCUUCCCAACCCUCAUCCCACCUGGCCCAACGACUUUUCUUUCGGCGUUGCUUAUCCCUCCGGCUUUCAUCCAUCUCCGAUAGGGCACGAUGGAAGGGGAAAGUUCCACAGAAAUCGGUGCGACGUACGGGGCGCCACAACAGCAAGACACGGAAGCAAGACCAACAGUUGCAUGCUUACGAUGCCGGGAUCAGAAGCUCAGGUGCGACCGUGAUGUCCCGUCAUGUAUGAGGUGCCGCAAGCAAAGAGCCGUGUGCAAGUAUCCAUCGCCGCCAAACCGAAGACGCAUCGCGCAGAAGACGAGCGAGGCCAAGGCAGCAGCCGCGGUAGCAGCGUCGCAGGUCAAUGUUGUAGAGCAUGUUCAACAGCCUGAAGUUUCUAUAGCGUUGAGCUCAAGAAAGAAGCAACGCAUCGUUGAAAACGAUGGUAAAGAUGAAAUCAGACGUGAACAUAUUCCUGACCCCAACCUCAACCAUACCUCUGAAGAUACCGCAACUGCCGAAUUGCCCUCAACGGAAGUUGGCCUGCUACUUCUGGAAAUAUACUUCAAGCGAGUCUACAACGCUACGCUUUUGUUUCACAAGACCGUAGCAUUCCAGCUCUAUCGGCAGGAUGGCAUACCUGGCUACCUUCUUCGUGCCAUCUUCGCGCAUGCGGCUACCUUCUUGGAGCAAGUCGACUCUCCAUACGAAGAAAAUAUCAAGAUAAUUCCCAUGCCAAAGCUUUCGGAAAAGUCUUGGUCGUGGGCACGGGCCGCAAGUCGAGAGGCCCUCUCAUACGCAGACGAGCCCACGCUCGUCAGAAUACAAGCCUUGCAAGUUUUGGAGCUUUACUACUUCUCUAGGGGUGAGAUCCAUCGCUCCAUAAUACACGCAUCCCUGGCCUACAAACUUAGUCAGCUCCUCGGCUAUGACAGGCUGCAUGGUAGUGGUGCACUUCCUUCAGCGUACCGGAACCUGCAGUUCGAUCACGAGAUAAAACGACGGUGCUUCUGGGCGAGUUGGUGCAGUAUCCUUAUCGGUAGUCAGCCCUUGGAUUCAUCGAGGGUGUGUGAGAAGGUCAUGGGUUUACCCCUACCAGCAAGACUUGGGAACGGAGGGCUGGCGCAAGCAAUAGAGCUCAAGCUAGGCCAACGGAUGGGAGUGGACUGGACAACAAGCACCGAGUCCUCACCCCCGAGCCAGUCUGGUUUGCCGCCGUGUUCGUUGAUGGCAGAACUUAUCAAGCUUUUGGGUAUAUGGACCAAAGUCAAAGCUUUCAUUUGUGAACCGCUAAACAGCUCUGACCCGCAACGAACCGUUCAACUAAACAAACUGACCGAGCUUCUCGAUCGUGAAGGACGGUCUCUGAACUUACCUCUUACUAAACUCCAGGCUCGAGCUGAAGUUUACGAGGAGAGCCCUGAGCUUCUCACAUCUGUGACAUCCGUAUACUACCUCAGUCAAAUGCUCCUGUAUGCUUCCAGAGUCCCCAUGUUCUCGGGUCGUUUUGCCGAAUCCGCAGAUUCAAGGAAAUCAGUGCAGCAGAACGGCGAGAUGACUUUUCAACAUGCGACUGGAUUUGCGGAGCUUUUAAAACAGUUUGCUUCAGAAGACUUAGAUAUUACGAGGCUAUGGCCUUUCGUCGGUUAUGCAACCUUUGUGGCAGGGAGUGUGUUUGUGUCAUACAGGAACACGAUGCAGUCAGCUGGAUCGGGAUGCCAAUCCGGACAGGUCCCUGUACCGCUUUCGGAAGAGCUUAAGACCAUUAAGACAACAUUAGGGGUAUUGAGCAUCUACUGGAAGCCACUACGCAUUUUGCCAAGUUGAACAAAGCAAUUGAAACCGGCCAGUCCGGCGACCUAGAAUUGCUUACCGCGGGUAUCUAUCCAUGGGACACAUUUCGCUCCAGCCACUCAUCUUGGAA